CUCCCUCCGCUCUGGGCUCAAUUCCCAAUCCCAAAUUUUCACUUCUAGAUCCCCAAAUCUACCAGAGCUUCUGUUACUUCCACACGGAAUCUCACUCCCCUCUGAUCUCUACAACCCACCUCCGUUACCGUCACCGGAGGUCCCCAUCGUCGCCGUCUCGCUUUUGUUGUUUGUCAGAUUCAGAGGGUUUCGCCGAUCUGAAUCAGAUCCAGGCUGGAUCAUUAUCCUCGUUAACAGAUCGCUCUGUUCGAUUCGGAUCUGGAAGUUGAAGUGAGAGAGAUAGCUUCAGAUCUAGUUUGGUUGGUUUCGGAAUCGAAUUAACUCGAGCGAGUUGAAGUCAGUGAUUUUGUUAUUAUGGAGACCCUUCUUGUUGUGGAGCAUAAGAACCAGUACUACAGCCGGGGAAAGCAACAUGGGCCGGGCCGUGUUGGGCCGACGCCGUCCAAGAGCUUCCGAGGGAUCAAUUGCCGGACUUUCCAAUCCGGCUCAGGUAUUCUGCCAACCCCUCCUCCAUUGAAGUCGAGUUCUACUACUACUCCUGUUUCGAAGAAACCAUCCCCUUCUGUUUAUUCACCCAAAACACCUAGCGCUGAUUCGCAGUUUGAUGCCAAGACUAAAUCUUACUCUGAUAGUAAAGUAAUGAGUAGAAACAAUGGGAGAACCAACCCGAUUCCUAUCGAUGCCCGAAACCUGAAGAAAGAGAAGCCUUUUAAUGAGGGUUUUUCGUUUUCUGAACUCUGGGCUGGCCCUGCUUACUCAAACUCUCCACCACCUAGUUCGUUGCCAAUACCCAAAUUUUCAGUUCGGCCAAAGAGGACCGUGUCGCUUGAAUUGCCUAGCUCAGUUUCUGCUAUUGAAAUGCACCCAAUUGCCAAGUCUGCACCCGCGUCCCCAACCAGAGAGCAUAGCUCCUCCAAAAGAGAUCUCUUUCACAAUGCGGACUCAGCCACUAGGACUCUGCGUCGCAUCCUCAACCUUGAUGUUGACAAUGAAUGAAGGGCCGGGAGCAUUAGGCUCCUGUAAAUAGUUGUUGUAUAUAUAGUGAAUAAAGUGGUUGGUAGUGUUGGGCUCUUUCUUAUGGUUAUAGUAGUGGCAGGCAUGGUUGUGGCAGGUUGAUGUUCUCUGCAUUAGUGGUGGUGUUUUGAAGGGGAAGGUGUGGUACUUGGUUUGGCAAGAUUGGCAUUGUAUGGUAAUUGUUAUGGUGUUAGCUCUUUCUUAUGGUUCUCACAAACAGCAGCCUUGGUUGUGGCGUGUCAAUGGUCUCUGGGUUUGAACUAUGAGGCAGACUUGGUGUACUUGUGUUGGGAAGAUGGAGAGAUGGGCGCCGUAUUAGUAGUUUGGGAUACAUGAUAUGGAUGGGAUUUGAUUUUAUGGAAGCAGAAGGGGAAUAGAUGGAACAACUAACUUGAGGAAAUUCACAUUUUACCUCGGUUUGAAGUUGUGACAUUAAUUUGUCAAUGUGAUAUCCUCCUUCAGAUCUGCUAACUUCAUUCUAACUCCUUUUAGAACUAGGUUUAGCCCUUUAGUUUUGGUCACUGUGUAUAGUGUAGAAUGUCUAGUGGUCUAUGGAUACAGAUUUCUGUAGGUUUCUUUUCUGUUCUUGGUUUUCAUCUUCUUUACCUUUCUAGUUUCCCGUUUAGUGUCCUUAUAAAUAGUCUUAACAUUGGUCGGUGUCUUUGUCCUUAGUACAGCUUUUCUAAAUCUCUUCCUAAUUCCUUGAGUAGUCAUCCUGUUUCAUCAAUCUCUUUGCUUGGUCUGUCUAGCCUGAAUUGGCUUCUCUCCAAUCAACAACUCUCACCUUCUUACUGAUGUAACUUUCUUGUUCUUUUAGUUACAAUCUGACUCCUUUACUACACUCUGAUAAAGGGUGUUUCUCCUUCGCCCAUCUUUUCUGUUUUUUGAAAGAAAAGAGGGAAGGGGUAGUGAUUGUUGUUCUUUCCUACUUCUGCUUCAAUGCUUCUGUUUGUAGAGGUCAAUUUGUGUUUGUUUGUCAUGCAAGAUUUCACUUGUUGAAAUCUUGUUCUUGCAAGUGAAUGGUGCCUUAUUCUUGUAUUCAUAUCAUUUCCAUCCUCGGAGAUUGUUGAUUUCGCCAAGCCUUCAACAAGGUAGGAAAAUCCAAAAGGCUGUUGUGCUAGUAGUGAGAUUCUUUAGUGAAUCUAGUAUGUAGUAGUUUCCUGAAGGAGUCAAAUGCAGUUCUAGCAUGUAGUCAUGAUCAUCAUGAAAUCUGGUUGAUGCUUUGUGCUGUGUGCUAGGAGUUCAUUAAAUCCAAUGGAUAGAUAUAUAAUGUGUUCCCCUGGUCACAUUUUCAUUAUAUGUUCUGUUUCCUUGAACUUCAAUGUUAUCGUACUUGGUUGUUUAUUUAUCAACAGUGUUUCUAUUCACUAUUUAAUCUAUUGUUUUCUUUU